AUGUUGAGAACAUUUACCAAAACUGCAAUCAACGUGAAGUCAACUUCCCAGUUGAGAUUUUUCGCUGCAUCCGCCAUUUCAUUGAAAGACACGAGAACCGAAACUGAUGCUUUUGGUCCAAUUGAAGUCCCAAAUGACAAGUACUAUGGUGCUCAAACAGCUAGAUCCAAGAUGAACUUCAAAAUUGGUGGUCCAGCUGCUCGUAUGCCAAUUCCUGUGGUUAGAGCCUUUGGUAUUCAAAAGAAAUCAGCAGCUCAAGUCAACGAAGCUUUGGGUCAAUUGGAUCCAAAGAUUUCCAAAGCUAUUCAACAAGCUGCUACUGAAGUGGCUGAAGGUAAAUUGGAUGACCAUUUCCCAUUGGUUGUUUUUCAAACUGGUUCAGGUACUCAAUCCAACAUGAAUGCCAACGAAGUCAUUUCAAAUAGAGCCAUUGAAAUCUUGGGCGGUGAGUUGGGUUCUAAGAAGCCAGUCCACCCUAAUGACCACUGUAACAUGUCUCAAUCUUCAAACGAUACUUUCCCAACGGUCAUGCACAUUGCUGCUGUCACUGAAAUCAAGGAUUCUUUGAUCCCUUCAUUAACCAAAUUGCGUGACUCUUUACAAGCAAAAUCCAAUGAAUUUAAAGACAUUAUCAAGAUUGGUAGAACUCAUUUACAAGAUGCCACCCCUUUGACUUUGGGACAAGAAUUUUCAGGAUACGCCCAACAAGUUACUAAUGGUAUUGAAAGAAUCCAAAACACCUUACCUCACUUGUUGUAUUUGGCUCAAGGUGGUACUGCUGUGGGUACUGGUCUCAACACUAAAGUUGGUUUUGAUGCCAAAUUUGCUGAAGCUGUAUCAGCAUUGACAGGUUUUGAAUUCCAAACUGCACCAAACAAAUUUGAAGCUUUGGCUGCUCAUGACGCAAUUGUUGAAGCAUCAGGCGCUCUUAACACCAUUGCUGCUUCAUUGUUCAAGAUUGCCAAUGAUAUCAGAUACUUGGGAUCUGGUCCAAGAUGUGGAUACGGAGAAUUGGCUUUGCCGGAAAACGAACCAGGUUCAUCAAUUAUGCCUGGUAAGGUCAACCCAACUCAAAACGAAGCCUUGACUAUGGUUGCUUGUCAAGUCUUUGGUAACAAUGCUGCCAUCACUUUUGCAGGUGCUUCAGGUCAAUUCGAGUUGAAUGUUUUCAAACCUGUUAUGAUUGCUAACUUGUUAUCAUCCAUUAGGUUGAUUGCUGAUGGUGCCAACUCAUUCAGAGAACACUGUGUUGAUGGAAUCGUUGCCAAUAAAGACAAGAUCGAAAAGACCUUGCACGAAUCAUUGAUGUUGGUUACUGCUUUGAACCCAAAAAUUGGUUAUGAUGCUGCUUCUAAAGUUGCCAAGAAUGCUCACAAGAAAGGAUUGACUUUGAAGGAAUCUGCCUUGGAAUUGAAAGCUUUGAGCAGUGAAGAGUUUGACGAAUGGGUUAGACCUGAAUUAAUGAUUGGUCCAAAGUAG